AUGCCCCUGGCGGCUGCAGAUGGUAUUGGAGGAUCUGUUGCGACAUUGGUGGUUGUUCCGGUCUAUUACACAUUGUUACAGAGAGGCCAACAGGCCUUCGGACAGAGGCAACACAAAUUGCCAAUUGCCAAAAUCAAAGAUAUUAACUUGGCAAUGCCUAGUGCUAAAAAUCAGUUGUCAUCAUCUCCAACAACAAAUGAAACCAAAGGUGAACAAAAGUCACUUGUCUUUGAUGCACCUUUUCUCCAAAACCAAUCUGACAUUCCUCAUGAGUUCAUAUGGCCUGAUGAGGAAAAGCCUUGUUCUGAACCUCCCCCAAUGCUUCAUGUGCCAUGUAUAGAUUUGAAUGGCUUCUUCUCUGGGGACCCUGUCGCUAUCUCCACCACAACUAAGCUAGUAAAGCAGGCAUGUCUUGAACACGGUUUCUUUCCUGUGGUUAAUCAUGGAAUGGACUUGCAAUUCCUAAAAGCAGCCCACAAGUGCUUGGAUUUCUUCUUUGAUAGGCCACUGCAAGAAAAGCAAAGAGUUCAGAGAAAGUUUGGGGAUCAUUGUGGUUAUGCUAGCAGCUUCACUAAUAGGUUCUCCUCCAAACUUCCAUGGAAAAAAAUGCUCUCGUUUCGAUAUUGUACUGAUGGUCAACAGGCCCUAAACAUUGUUGAAAGCUACUUCUUGAAUGCAAUGGGUGAAGAUUUUGGAGAAUCUGGGAAGAUGUUCCAGAAGUAUAAUGAAGCCAUGAGCAAUCUAUCUCUUGAAAUUAUGGAGCUUUUGAUAAAAUUGGUAUUGAUAUAG